AUGAAUCCAUUCAACCGGGGCUUCAUUCCUCCCCGAUCUAGUGCGGACACAAACCAAAGUGGCAAUCCUACUCGUCCCGUGGCACCGGUUCCCACUAGACCCAACCCUUUCGGCUCCGGUUUUCUCGACUACAAUCAACAAAGUCCCGGGUUCAUGAAUCUUUUGAACCAACCGCUAUCAUGGGACCCUAAUCUCUACGGGUGGAACCCAAGUCAAAACAUGGAUGGGAUGGGGUCGUCUCAAGCGUUUGGGUCGGCUCAAGCGUUCGGCUCCCCACUACACGAACCCGAUGUUGUUCCGGAGACGCAACCCGAGGUACCGGAUACGCAACCGGAGACGCAAAAAGGAAAAGGAAAAGCAAAACGGGCACAUAAAAAGAAAGUUGAAACCAACACCCGAACGAAAAAAAAUGUGCAAACGUGGGAGCCCGAAGAGGAGUAUGCGUUAACCCGCGCUUUCAUCGAUGUUUCGGAGGACCCGGUCAUAGCAAACAAUCAAAGUAAAACCGUAUUUUGGAACCGAAUACGAGAACUCUUUUUCGAGCUCAUGGGUAGGGGAGAGGAAUACCGCCUACCGGACUCUAUAUCGGGGAAGUGGUCCGAUAUAAACAAGAGGCAGUGGUCGAGUAUACGAACGCUAAUGGCCAUUUCCCGUACAUGA